CGUCAUUGUCACACAGAUUCACACACACACAAUGGAUAGAUAUGGCUCAGCACACACACAGCAUCACACACGCGGAAUAGACAUAUCACACGGAUAAACACAACUCACAACACACCGUCAUUGUCACACAGAUUCUCAACAUAACUGGACAGAUGUAGCUCACAGCACACAGUCUUGAUAUAUAUUCACACACACACAUUGGAUAAAUACAGCUGACAGCACACACACACACGGAAUAGACGUAACUCACACAGCACACGCAGAAUCACACCCUCACUCACACGAUACCAUCAUAACUAACAGCACACAGCGACUGCCACACAGAUUCACACACACACUGCAUCGAUAUAGCUGACAACACACACACAGUCACUCUCACACAGAUUGACACUCAUACGCGCGCACACAUUCACACUGACGGGAUAGACAUAGCGGCCAGAGCAAGCGCACACACACACACUACACACACACAGUCACGCAGAUUCACACACACACAUACACAUCACAGAUUCACACACACACACGCGCAUACACAUCACAGAUUCACACACACACAUCACAGAUUCACACGCGCGCGCGGUCAGAGUGCAUCAUUCUCCGCGGUGCCGCUGGAGAGGAGAAUCGGUAGCUGCCCGCUGGUCGUCGUCGUCGUCUUCGUCGCUGCUGCUGCUGCAUGUGGAGGAGGAGGGAUGCGCCGAGGUGAAGCAGAGACGAGCAGCAGCAGCAACAGCAGCAGUAGCGCAUAGAGCAGAAGAGACGCGAGAGGGCUGGACAUGCGCAAGAGGCAAUCCUCCGUUGGAGGGCUCACUGCCGCCACAUCCACCACCACCACCACCGCAACCGCCGCCACCACCACCACCACCGCCACAACUACCACCGGCACCAGAGAGGGGUCACCGGACACACGCGCAACCGCCCGUGGCAGCAGGACCGUCCAUCGAGGAGCCCCCCAACAAGGAGCCGCAAACACCUGCUGCUUCUGCUGGUGCUGCUGCUGCAGCUGCUCAUGCCUUGCCAUCCGGAACCGAGAGGAAGAGGAUGUGGGGCGGCGUACAUCGCGGGACACAAAACUGGAGAGCAUCCCCAGCCCUGGCGAGAGUGCUCCAUCUCCCGAGGAGGUGCGUGCCUGGGGCCGCUCGUUCGACCGGCUCAUGCGCUCGGCGGCUGGACGGCGAGUCUUCCGCGAGUUCCUGCGCUCCGAAUUCAGCGAGGAGAACCUCCUCUUCUGGCUGUCGUGCGAGGAGCUGACACACGAAAGCGAUCCCGCUGCCAUCGAGGAACGCGCCAGGAACAUCUACGAAGACUACAUCUCCAUCCUGUCCCCCAAGGAGGUGAGCCUGGACUCGCGGGUGCGAGAGGUCAUCAACAGAAACAUGCUGGAGCCCACACCCCACGCCUUCGACGACGCGCAGCUGCAAAUCUACACGCUCAUGCACCGCGACUCCUACCCGCGCUUUAUCAACUCGGUGCUCUACAAGUCCCUCCUCAACUCCACCAGGGCCUCCUCGACCGCCGGCUCCUCCUUGUCGGAGCCGUAGUAGGCCGGCGACGGCGGGUGAUGGGAGAGCGAUAUUUUUUGGGCCGCGGGACGUGGAGUAGGCGCGCAGACGUGAGCUGCGUUUGUAAAAAGAUGUGUGGGUCAUGAUGGGCGUUUGUGGGGAGUCAUAACAAUGCUCCCUCCUUCAAUGCUGGAGCCUGUUUGAUUUGGGGUGAAUGACACGUUCUCAGGAUGAACUUUAGUGUGGGCCAGUCGCGGGGUCCAAAGAUAUAACAAGGGGACACCGAGUCGUUAACAAAGAGGCCUGUGGGCCCUCCCCUUCUAGAGAAAAUAUGAGAUCCUUAAAGAGUUCUUUAUGCUCGGCAAAUCUUUAGGCUGAGCAGGGAUAACUUUGCGUAAAAAGAAAUACAAGGGCUUAACCUGAACGGGCCUUGAAGCCGGGCAGGAGGGUGUGUGCGUGCGUGCGUGUGUGUUUACUUCACUGUUUUUAACGAUAAGCAGGGAACAUUCCACAGCCCAUCAUCUAACCGACCAUGUGACCACUCUUGAGCACAGUAAUGCGGCUUGCAUCUUUUAUUUUUUGGGCCAAGUUGUACGGUGGCGGGGCGGUGGGUUGCCAUGAUUAACGAGUGUCUCCUUCUCUUCUCUGACAUCGGAGUAGCUUUAAAGAAAGAAGACUUGCUCGAGAGAUUUCCUCACCUUCAUUUGUUGCUUCAGGAGGUUGAGUUCGAGCGAUCUUUUCCACGGUGCUGAACAGUGAGACACUUGACGGGUGGCUCAGUAAGUUGUUUCAUAGCCUUUAUGUGAUGAGCAGUACAAGCCGAACCUAGCUGCUUGCUUGCUGCUCACGGAUGUGCAUGCAGCUCCAUGAUGCUCAUAGUGCUUUGAAGGGUGGUGCCGGCUCAGAGGCAGCUUAAGAGAGGUAAUGAUUUAGGGACACGGAGUAAAAAUUACAUUUACACAAACGCAUAAAAUAUGGGCAUCGUUGCCUUUUUGGCUUUUAGUAGUUUUUAAAAUGGACUUUUUUAGACUUUGUAUCUUCAGUUUGAUGAGUCGGAGAGCAGAUGCAGCCUCUGAGUUUCCCAUAAUCACCUUCUCCAGUUGACGAACAUCUCUACCAACUUGGAAAAUAAAAUAUGAAUGUGCACGCCAGUACAAUGCACACAUAUAUUAUAUUAUUAAACACACUGAGGAUAAAUACAUUGAAGCAAUCUGGAGAGAGAAAUAAUCUCCACAAUACCACAGGGCUUGAAAUGUGCCAAGCACCCUGUAGUUUUCACCAGCCUUGCUAAAAUGCUGAAAGUGUGGCCGUGCUGAAUCCUACGGCAGAAAAACGGCAAUGAAAAUGUGAUAAAAAAAUAUUAUCUUCACUUGUACAGAUAUUUUAGUUUUCCUGUGAGCUGCAGUGACAGUGCUGAAGGGAGUCAAGGGCGAUAUUUCUUCCCUGCCUUUCUCACCAGAAAAGCUGUGUUCUCUCUCGACAGUCUAAACGGUGUCUUCAGCAAUGUUUAGGCUGCAGCACUGCUGCUGUGCAAGCCCAGGUCAGCGAGGCCUUCGUAAUGUGAAGUUGGGUAUUUUUUGUUUAAUUCCUAUCGAUUUAGGCCUGAGGGUGAGACAUUUCAUGGUGCAUAAGUGACCGGUAAAAGGCAUUUUCGGUGAGCAAAUGCCUUAACAAACCUUUCAAUGAAUCAAUUUAUUUAAUUCCAAGGCCUAGAUGAGGGUUUCACCAUGGGCGAGGUGGACAGCAUGCUUUAUUUAUUGAUUGGUUUUGGCUGAAUGCAUGGGAAAUCUCAGUAGUAAGCCUUUCCAAGUUAUUUCCAUAAGGGCCAGAUUUGCAUUAUGUGAUCUGGCCAGAGAUUGUGAACGUGAGGGCUGGGGAUGGGGUGAACACUUAAGUACACUGAAAUUGAACGGUGCCAAUAUGUUGCAUGCAAUUUACUUGAUGUUUACGAACUACGUGAAAAAUUAUGCGCCAGAGAAGUCUAACUUUUACGUUGUGUUGCUUCUUUUGCGCGGUAGAGUUGAGCUGACUGAAAGAACACUCUCUUUUAUUUACUGUAACCAUUAAUAAGGUUACGCUAGGCCCGCCAGCCUGUAGAGCAACAAACCCCUCUCCCAGAGAAGCCAGUUUCAAAGUGCUUGACAAGAUACACAGUGAGAUGGCGAUUCUCCUGGGGCAGUUCCCGAACGCAAGGAUCUGAGGCUCUGCCACAUAUGAGAAUCACCACAAUGGACGUUUCUUAUCCCCGUGCCUCCAUUCGCAUAGCACGAUCGGCAUGCCACAACUCAAGAUGAAAGUUGAUUAAGCCAAAAAGAUGGGGUGGGGGGGGGGAGGACAAAAACAACCACGAAUAUUCUAUCAAUUAUCAGCAAAACAAAAAUACACCAAGUUAUAACUGUAAACAAAACAUGUCGCACAUUUAUUUCAUUUAAAAGUAUGUAAAUAUAUGUACAUACAAUUGCGUGUGAAAGGCAACGCAAGUUUGAAAUGUGUGUUGCGUUGGUCUUUUAAUUUAUAAAGCAGGGGGGUUUUUAAUUGUUAAUGUUUCACGAGCAAUAAAAAAUAUAUAUAGAAAAAAAGAAAAGGAUUUCUGUAAAUACUUUAUGAACAUCAAGUCCAUUUCCUUCUAGGGGUAGCAAAUAAGUAAUCGGGACAGAUUUAAUUGCUAUUCAUUUAUUUUUCAGAUCAGAUAUGCUUUAGUUGCUGAAGCUCAAAGGUUUCACGUGCUUGGUAUAUUACUUUAAGGGGGGAGUGAGUGCUGACGCAGCUUCAAUUUACAAGUUGGCGUGCUUUUUGUGACUUAUUUUCAGUCUGAGAUUACAUUGAGAUCUCUAACUGGGGCUGCAAAAUAAAAUAUAUUUUCCUUCACGUUAAGUGUUAAUUUUCUUCACCUCGUGAAAACUGUGCCAAAACAUUACGUUUGGUGGCAACAUCAACAUAUUUGUAUAAACUUUACUGCUACUUACAUUUUUCUGGUUGUGCUGUAUAGCCCCCUGAUGUGGUUUUGGGUUGUACUGCAUGUUGUUCGACAUGAUGUUGGGAAACGAAUAAGCUCCCAGCACAUGGAGCAAAACAUCGAACAUUCAUUCAGUUCCUGAAGAAGCUCCCAGCACCUGAAACGAAAUGUCGGACAUCAUGGCGAACACGCUGUUGAACCCGAAAACACAUUAGUGCCGUGAAUGUUUCUUAGAAUUGAAAAGAAAGAGAUGUGGAUUUUAUGACUGUGUAAUAUCCCAUUGUGAACAUUUGGAGUUUGUUUUAUGCCAAGAUGUGGGUUUGACAUAUUUUAUUGCGAACAGCAUCUAUUGAACCAAGUGUGAAGUCUGCCUUCUGCCAUUGUGCAGUGUGUAAUGCAACCCAAAUAUAUGGACGUGGGCUGCACCUAUAUGCUAUGAAGCUACAUAUAGCGUAAUGCCACCAAUGUACAUUAUUUUACUUACACCACACUCUUCGACGGUACGGUAUUCUACACGGCAAGCAUGCAACAAUUCAUUGGUUAAAAUAUAUUCAAACGGUCACAAUAUAUUAAUUGAAUCAUGCAUCGUACAAUCUAUUAUUUACAAUUAAAGUAUGUUUAAGCAGAGCGUAAUUUCUCAAAUAUUUUCUGGGUUAAUAAUAGAAGACUGGAUUAGGUGGCAGAUGACCAAUAUCCACAGCCAUAGCGAGUGGUAUAUUGGAUGUGGUGUGCUGGGUGAAAACAUUUUUAUUGGCCACUGACCCAAACAAACCUAGCUGAAAGUAAGCUCCAUCUUCAAGCUAAUGGGUGAAACCAGAUUAGAGAGAAUACAAGACGAAUAAAAGACUAACAGGAACUAGUUAUUGACAAAAAAGUAAUACCAAAAUUGGUAAAUCACUCAAUAUGGACCUUAUCAAGGUAAAAUACGACAUUGAGAGGUAAAAUACGACAUUGGGAUUUGGCUCCUGAACAUAUUGCCAUACGCAAGAAUAACUCCCCGUUCAAAUAUGGGGUAGUGCUCACGUCCAUUUAUGGCUUUGAGGUAGUAGUGAAAAAAAAAUCUACAUUCCUAUGGCAAGGAUCAGCCUCCCCCAUGGGACAUAUUUGUAAGAAUGUAUGGCCAUGCAUACCAAGAUUAAUAACACGAUGUAACACAAGUUUUGUACCUGGGUAGCAAGUGUUAUUUCGUAAUUGCUCAUGCCUAAAAAGUAUAGAAAAUGGCAUUUUAUUCCCCACAAACUUUGCUUUUGUGACUAGGACAGUGGUAUUUAGAAGUUUACCUAUUUUCAAUGAGAACACGGACGAAUUUGUGUCAUUUCGUUCGCAUAAAGUCAGAAAACAACAACAUAUGAAUCAAAAUGAACAUGUAUUUAUAUUAAAGUAAUACAAAAAUGACUACAAAAGAUUUAGAAGUGAGUAGUUUUUCGAGAUUGUUCCUCCCCACAAAGAACUCGGUCCGCUGUGGCCAGUCCCGCCUGUGAUAAGUGCACCUUGGUGUCUAAAUCUUUAGCUGGAUCUGGUUGUGUGCUAAGUCGGGGGGUGUUAUGGAACUCAACUAUUUAUAAAACAGCAUUACAUUUGACUACUGCUUAGGUUUUUAUGGUUGCGAUGUGUAGCUCUCAAAUGGGUUUGCAAGUUGUGCCAUGUAUUGUUUGAACAUCAUGCUGAACAAGACGCGGUACAUUAAAAACCUAUCGGCGAGUAUUACAUUUAAUGUAACAGUGUAAAGUACAUUGUGUACUUUAACUGUAAAGUUUUUUUAUUACACUGUAAACAUAAUUACGUACUGUAUGAGUCACGUGCAUUCUAUCGAAUAAGGCAGUUAGCAGUUUUGUUAACAUAGUGUUUACCACUAAUCGUGCGUGCAAUUUGACGUGGUCGUCAGCAUGAAUUUGUUCUGAGGUCAGUCAUUCAGUCUGUGAGACUAAGGUCAGAGUCUGUUAGACUAAUAUCACAAGUCAUUCAGAGUCUGGUAGACUAGACCUCAAAUAAUCUUCUUUUUGUUUUGCUUGUGUAUAGAAACACCAAAAGCAAAAAAAAAACAUAAAAAAGAAACAUAUACAAUAUAUGAUGAACUUUGUAACAUUUAUUUUGAAAUGUAUUCGCUUUUCCACAAAGCAAACAGUUCAGUUAAGAGAGUUUUAUGAAGUUGCAGUCUACCCCUUUAGGUCGAUUUCAACUUUAAGUUCGAGGGCAAGUAUGUGUGAGCGUCUUUUGACGCGGGGAAAGCCGAGGCUAUAGUUGAGGCGGAUUUUCGAGAUCGGCGAUAUCCUGCAAAAUGUUUUUGAUUGAUUUGAAUCGCAAUAGAAAACUAUGAUGAAAAAAAAGUAUUUGUUUUCGUUCCAAGUGAUCUUGACCUUUAACAAGGGUGAAGGGAACAUCUCAAUUUAGAGCCCACAUAGUCUGUUAUGGGCACAUUUUCUUUAUUUAUUCACGUUGACUCUGCUGGUUUAUAGUACAGGUUGAUUCGUUUAUAGAUGCCCCCCACUGAUUGCCAAUGACCAUGGUCUUGUGAAGUAUGUGACUGGUUGAGACGUUUGUAUGUUGGACUGGCCGAGAUUGAACAAUUGCAUGACGCCGGUGUGUCGACUGGUAUAACCACACUAAGAUUUUUUUUUCUUGUCGGGUCACAACAAAGACUGCGUGUAUGUGGAUUGUUUAUUAAGUGUGUAGAGAUUGGUGGGAGGCUUGUCGAGGCUUUCAAAUAAAUGUAUCCCUAUGACUUUGGUGGGGUAUCGUCAGGAUCACGAGGUGGUGGCAGAAAACUAGGAGAGGCCUUCAUCAAGAAGUGGAUUAAGGCUGACGAUGAUCGAGAAAUAGAUCACCCUUUACAUCUCAUUUGCAAGAUGGUCAUAUGCUGCUGAAUAGAUUGGACACGAAAAACCACCGCAAUGAUUUUGUACAUUUUUUUUUAAAUCUAAUACCUGAAGCACUAGAUCGGCAAAGUCAACAGUGAUGCCAAACGUGCUGUGCGGGGCAAAGAGAGAUCAAUGCAUGUGUGUAUCCUUGUCUUUGACCCAAGACCGUACAACACUGUAACGAGCGGUGCAUUGUGGGUCCAGGUUAUUCAUCUAGCCCAUCGGCAACAAGCAAAAUGCUCUCUGCAAUCAUUAUUUGGCUGGUGCUUGAAUCAUUGAGAUAGGUGUCAGUUAUUUUACAUACGUUUUCACUUAAGUUACUCAGUGAGCUACGAACUACAUUUUUUUGGGAAGAUGUUUUCCAUGCUGUAAUAUCUGCGUUUUUUUUUAAAUACAGCUGUACAAAAAAAUUUACUCUACUUGGAUAUAUCUACAGUAUGUACAUGCACAGUCUCUACAAUGAGCGCCAAGCGGUGUCAUUUUUUGAGAACGAGAUACCGAACACAUUUUAUACAAACUUACUCGAACGUUAAGCUCAUUUAAAAGUCCUACCUUUGUGUAAUAAUCAAAUAUCUAUAUAGUAUUGACGUUAAGGGUGCCCAUACUGAAUAAUAAAGUAAUAAGUUUGAGUCCAUCCGUGUUUUUAUCUCGUUCUCUAAACUUUUGUGUGAUCGACUAGAGCUCAGUCGUAGUCGAAAGUGCAUCUAUUAGUGUUGAUUGUGUUUAAUGUGUGCUGUCUUAGAAUGUGUCAGAUUCCAAUUCAGUGGAAUUGGCUGAUGCUCUAUGAGCCCAAGGCCCCCUACUGAGAUGAAAGUUCUGUCGGAUGCGUCGCUGAAGAUGUGUGGCCAUGUUGUUCCGAGGAACUUUUUCCGAACCAUACUUUUCUAUAAUCGGAUAAUGUUCUGAAGUUAAAUUCAACAGCCUAUUAAUGGCAGCUCAAAUAUGAGGUUAUGUGCAAUGUAAUUUGCAACAUGGACUAUAAGACUAACAUGUGAUAGACAUGUCGCCUGAUAUAUACACACACAUAUGAAAAGUUGUAUAAUUUAGGUCACUUUAUAAUUAAUGAAAAAUGGGACCUAAAGCACACGUGGCUGUGUGGAGGGGGGGGGGGCGACUAUCCUGACACUCAGUAAGUUAACAAGCAUAAUCUAUAUUGUUGAUUCCCACUACUGCCAUCCAGGUAACUUAACAACAAACAGCAUUUUUACGCAUGGUAUACCGUAAUCGCAAGUCCCCCAUAACAAUGAGCUAGUUGGAAAGGUUGGAAAACGUUCAUCUUUAAGGUCAGAUCGUGUGUCUGCUGCACAGCAGCUGUGGGAUCUGGCAAGAGGGUAGAAAGCGUUGACGAGAGGUGUGGUGGUAUCAACGGCUUUGGCCAAGAUGACAUCUUGAUCUGGAGGAAUAUAAUCCCAAUGUCAAACUGCUGAGCCGACGUUGCUGAGAUAAUGGGUCUGAAUGAUUGUAAGUCAGCUAAGAUAAAACCAGGUUCACUGCACAAAAUGGCAUGACAUUUGGUUUUCCAAAUUUGCCUCAACAUUAAAUGUACCGAACUGGAUGACCGACUUUGGAAAAUCAAAUUCUACUUAAUACAAUGAUUUAAAAAAUGUAUGUGCAACAAAAAAAUUAAAUGCUGAGUGUUUGGUGUGUGCACGAUGCUGCUGACUACAACGCUAAUUUAUAUUAGCGUGGCACGAAACACACACAGUGGGCCACCACCCCUGGAAAUUGGUGCUAUUUCCACCAAUUUCCCAACAAAAAAUCCCAUUGCACCUGGAUUUUUUCAGUCCACCGAUCCUGACGUGUGACUGAUGAUCGUAAUUGUUCCUGAUCAGGAAGAAAAUGUAACAUAACAUUUUUAUUUCCCAGUGAGUAUUUUCUAUCGUUCCAUUUUUGCCAAUGUUUUAAAAACUGUGUUGAUGCAGACUUUAUAAGGGCUAAGUGUGCAUAUAACUGCAUGUCAUAUUAAUACAUGAAUGCUUGUGUCAUAUAAAACACAUGCACACAACCACACAGCUCACAUUUCACUCGGUGCUGAAUGCGUAGUCACAAUUCUAGCGCCACCUCCAGUACUGAAAAUGCUGCAUCCCAUCACUGCACCCUUGGUGCUCAUUUUAGGCCAGGCUGGGGAGACCCAGACCUUGUUCACAUAACGACUGCGACUGGUGAUGUGCAGGAUGAGGAAUUAAAUCUGGGUGGCUGGGACCAUAAUGCAACAUUGAAUCACUACACCACCACUUGCCACACAUGCACACACACUCAAGCACAGAAAUAUUUUACAAAGCUCUUUCUCCAGCACCAGAAAUAGCAGGUGGGUCUAGAAGAGAGGCUUUUCAUUUUCUCGAUUCAUGCUUAACCUUGCUCUAGAACUUCCUGUCAAAAAGGCUGCUUUGUGCUGGUGCAUCACUUUCUAACAAAGAAACAUAUUUACUCAUUUUCUACACUAAGAACAACAACGGAUAACUGUAGAUGGAUCCGACUCGAUUGCUCAACUGUAUGAGUGUGAAGCACUGCUUUUAUUUCGGUUUUUUUCCCCUCUUAAUAUGUAAAGCGUACUGUUAUGGCUUGAUCAAGUUGGCAACAUUUGUUAUAUUUCACUGCGAAUUAAACAGCGCUAUUUGAUUUCA